CGGGGCGGGGGAGGAGGGGGAGGAGACCCAGGAGUCGUUGUGGGCCGCGGGCCGGACCGGGUCCCCGGCGGGCGCGACGGGAGCCCCGGGGCCUGGCGGAUAGGGCUUGGCGGGCCGUUGGCGGCUCGCCUGGGGCCCUCCGCUGCCCUCCUGGAAUUACUCUGUGGGGGACCCACGAGCGCCCCGGUCUCCGGCCGCCCCGCCGCCUGCCAGCCCAGGAGGGCUCCAAUUAGAGCAGCUCCUUUGGCCAUGGAGGCAGAAGAGACGAUGGAAUGCAUUCAAGAGUUUCCUGAACAUCAUAAAAUGAUUCUGGACCGAUUGAAUGAGCAGCGGGAGCAGGACCAGUUCACUGACAUCACUCUGAUAGUGGAUGGUCACCAUUUUAAAGCCCACAAGGCUGUUCUGGCUGCUUGCAGUCAGUUCUUCUACAAAUUCUUUCAAGACUUUACUCAGGAACCUUUGGUGGAAAUAGAAGGUGUAAGUAACAUGGCUUUCCGUCAUUUAAUUGAGUUCACAUAUACAGCAAAACUAAUGAUACAAGGUGAAGAAGAAGCAAAUGAUGUAUGGAAAGCAGCAGAAUUUCUUCAGAUGUUAGAAGCCAUCAAAGCACUCGAAGUUAGGAACAAAGAAAAUUCCUCCCCACUAGAGGAAAAUGCAACAACAGGAAAAAAUGAAGCAAAAAAGAGGAAGAUUGCUGAAACUUCCAAUGUUAUCACUGAAUCGUUACCCUCUGCAGAAUCAGAGCCUGUGGAAAUUGAGGUGGAGAUUGCUGAAGGGACAAUUGAAGUAGAAGAUGGUCUAGAAACUCUAGAAGAAGUAGCUUCUGCAGAACAGUCUAUAAAAUACAUACAGAGCAGUGGGUCCUCUGAUGAUUCUGCUUUGGCUUUGUUGGCGGAUAUUACCAGCAAGUAUCGUCAGGGUGAUAGAAAGGGGCAGAUUCAAGAAGAAGAUGGCUGUGCAUCUGAUCCCACAAGCAAACAGGUAGAAGGUAUUGAAAUUGUGGAACUUCAGCUGUCACAUGUGAACAACUUGUUCCAUUGUGAAAAAUGUAACCGUUCAUUUAAAUUGUUUUACCAUUUUAAGGAACACAUGAAAUCACACUCCACUGAGAGUUUCAAGUGUGACAUAUGCAAUAAAAGGUAUCUUCGGGAAAGCGCAUGGAAACAGCACCUCACCUGUUACCACCUUGAGGAAGGUGGAGCCAGCAAGAAACAGCGACCAGGGAAAAAAAUUCACGUGUGUCAGUACUGUGACAAACAGUUUGAUCAUUUUGGGCAUUUUAAAGAACACCUUCGCAAACAUACAGGUGAAAAACCUUUUGAAUGUCCAAAUUGCCAUGAACGUUUUGCUAGGAAUAGCACACUCAAAUGUCACCUGACCGCAUGCCAAUCUGGUGUGGGGGCUAAAAAAGGAAGAAAGAAGCUUUAUGAAUGUCAGGUCUGUAACAGUGUAUUUAACAGCUGGGACCAGUUCAAAGAUCACUUGGUAAUACACACAGGAGAUAAACCCAACCAUUGUACCUUAUGUGACUUGUGGUUUAUGCAAGGAAAUGAACUAAGGAGGCAUCUCAAGGAAAUACACAACAUUUCAGAACGAAUAGUGACAGAAGAGCUUCUUUCUGUAGAGACAGUGGAAACAGAACCUGUGACAUCAAUGACUAUUAUAGAGCAAGUAGGGAAGGUACAUGUAUUGCCACUCCUUCAGGUCCAAGUGGAUUCAGCCCAAGUCACUGUGGAACAGGUCCAUGCAGAUCUUUUAGAGGACAAUCAAGUGCAAGGCACACCAGUGGAGGAGCUACCAGAACAGGUCCAAGUUAGUUAUUUAGAAGUGGGUCGAAUUCAUACGGAAGAAGGGACAGAAGUACAUGUGGAAGAGCUACAUGUUGAACGUGUAAAUCAAAUGCAAAUGGAAGUACAGGAUGAUCUUCUGGAAGAAGCUGACCUAGCACAAGGGGACCCUGAAAUCAUGGACCAGGGAGAAUUAGAAGAGAGUGUGCAGAGCCAAGCCAAUGCUGCUGAGGCCAAUAAGGAGGAAGAUCACGAACAAGGUGAAGAUUUAAAGACUGAACCAAUGGUAGAUGGACAAACUUUAAAAACACAAACCUAGGGCAGAACAGCUGUGCCCAGUUUUAGGAUGAAAUACCAAAUGAAUAUUUUUUUAAUUUACAUUUUGGGUUUUUGAACUAAGGGCAGUGUGACUAUCCUUAGGAAAAAAGACAGGUGGACCAAAGCUAGAAUAUUUCCUAUACUGCUGAACCGCUCAUAUUAUCCAGAAAUGAAUUUUUCUGUUCCUUCCUCCCCCCCCCAAAUGCCACAGAGGAGAGGAUUUUCCCAGAAAUGGGGUAGUUCUGAAAAGUUGAUUAGUGGAAACUUAAAUGGAUUGCAACUUUGUUAUACUGUUUGGUAUGAAUGUAGUUACUUUCAUUGUGAUAAAGUUUCCUCUUCCCCAGGUCAUUGCCCUUCCUGAAACAUUUUACAUAUUAUAAAAUCACAUGUGAAAUCAUUAGAAUACAUAUACAUGUUCAUGUAUUCUAAUGCAUGUUAGAAUAUGUAGAAAACAGGUCUGCAUGAACAAAACACAUUUGUCACUGUGCGGUAAAUUUUAGCUUUUGGCUUUUUUUUUUCCCCACCCCAAUGUUCAGUGAGGCCAGCUCUGCGGCAGGGACAGAGAAAUGGUGUUAAAAGUUUCAGAAUGCAAAAAUAAUAAAACCCACACCCAUGUGCCUUUUUCAAAACUGACUAAACUUCUACAAAGCUUCUUUAGCUCUUUGAAGGUUUGUGUGGUAAAGAGCAAUGUAGAUAAUGCUAUAGUACUUUAUAUUUUUGCUUAUAAUUGUCAGCUACCAAUUCUUUUUCAUUUAAGUUUGAUUUCAUACUGUGGCAGUUUUUUUUAAAGGGCCAUUUACAAUUGGGAGAUGUGGCUGCAUCUGUGGUAAAUUUUAUUUGGAUAAAAAAUUGCACUAGUAUUUUACCACCAGAUGGAAAAAAGAUUAAAAGAAAAGCAUCAUUUAAAAUUAAUGUAUUUAAAAGCAAGUACAGAGAAAAUAUGUAUAUAAUGUAUCAGGCUUUGGUUUUGAAAUGGAACCUUCCCCUCUUCCCCAUUCUUAAUGUAAAGAUCUUGUGCUAAAUCUUUUAAAGCCAUAUAUAUGAGUGCUAAACUGUGGAUUUAAAAGUAGGAGUGUAAAUAUUUUUAAUCAGUAUUACUUGGAAAAUAAAAUAUAACCAACCACACAAAAUAAACCAAUGUGAUAUUAUUUCCUUGAUCUGUUGAACAAUUCAGGAAAUAUUUUAAUCUUUUAAAGUAAACUUAAAAAUAUUUUGUGGUUCUAAUUUUUAAUAGUUUACUUGUGUGUAUGCAUGUAUCUGAUUCUGGUUUGUUUGGCUUUUUUAAUGUACAUAAAAGGUUAAGUUGGUGACUGCAAAUAUAAGCCCAGAUGCAAAAUUCUCAGUAAGGAGCAAACCAAGCUCAAUAAAGGAUUCUUAUUGUUUUGGUAUUA